UCAGGCGCAUGCCGGGCAGCUAUAGGGGUCCUGUCAUUCCGACAUCGUGUCGUGACGUCACCGGCGGGCGUCGGUCUCAGCGCAGACACAUGUGCUGUGUUCGUGUAACGUUCAUCAAAAGUUAUUAAUCAUAUUGAAGUGGUUAUCGCCGAUUCUCCAGCACAUCAUGGAGUACAUGCAAGCCCCCCCAUCAAGCAGCCAAGGCCACAUACUCUGCUGCAUGUGUGGCAUCGCCAUUCCUCCAAACCCAGCCAACAUGUGCGUCUCCUGCUUGAGGAACAAAGUGGACAUCUCCGAAGGGAUUCCCAAACAAGUCACCGUGCACUUCUGCAGACAGUGUGAACGGUACCUGCAGCCUCCAGGGACGUGGCUCCAGUGCGCUCUGGAGUCCAGGGAGCUUCUGGCUCUGUGUCUUAAGAAACUCAAGGCUUCCAUGACCAAGGUCAGACUGAUCGACGCUGGCUUCUUGUGGACGGAGCCGCACUCGAAGAGGAUCAAGAUGAAGCUGAGCAUCCAGAAGGAGGUGAUGAACGGAGCCAUCCUGCAGCAGGUGUUCGUGGUGGAGUUCGUCAUUCAGCCUCAGAUGUGUGACGACUGUCAUCGAGUGGAGGCCAAGGACUUCUGGAAGGCAGUCGUGCAAGUCAGACAGAAGACUGUCCACAAAAAGACCUUCUACUACCUGGAGCAGCUGAUCCUGAAGCACAAGCUGCAUCAGAGCACAGUGCGCAUCAAGGAGAUUCAUGAGGGCAUUGAUUUUUACUACGCCUCUAAGCAGCACGCUCAGAAGAUGGUGGAUUUCCUGCAGUGCACCGUUCCCUGCAGGUCGAAGGCGUCUCAGCGCUUGAUCUCUCAUGAUGUUCACACCAAUACCUACAACUACAAGAGCACCUUCUCGGUGGAGAUCGUUCCUGUGUGCAAGGAUAACGUGGUGUGUCUGUCUCCACGGCUCGCCCAGAGUCUGGGAAACAUGGGUCAGGUGUGUGUCUGCAUCCGGGUCACCAGCUCCAUACACCUGAUCGACCCCAACACCCUGCAGAUCGCUGAGGUGGAGGGGAACACAUUCUGGCGUCACCCGUUCAGCAGUCUGUGCAGCCCUCGGCAGCUGGAGGAGUUCAUCGUGAUGGACAUCGACAUCAUCAGAGGUCAGAGGUUAGGAGCCGGCGCCGGGCUCAGAUCCAAUAAGCACACGUUGGCUGAGGUUUGGGUUCAGAAGACGUCAGAGAUGGACUCCAGGCAUCAGUAUCACUGCAGAACGUUCCUGGGUCACCUGCUGAACAUCGGAGAUCUGGUGCUGGGUUUUGAUUUUGCCAAUGCCAAUAUCAAUGAUGAGUUCCUCAAUAAGAUGAACCCUCACCAUGUUCCUGAUGUGGUGCUGAUUAAGAAGAGUUAUGACCGCAUGAAGCGGGUGAAGAACCGCGUGUGGAAGCUGAAGGAGCUGGAGCGAGAGAGAGAAGCUACAGACACCGAUGAUGAGAGACAAUACAAUGAAUUCCUGGAGGACCUGGAGGAAGAUGAGCUGCUGAGGAAGAACGUCAACAUCUUCAGAGAUGCUUCAAAGGUCCCUGUGGAGAGCGAGACGGAUGACGAGGGCGCUCCCAGGAUCUCUCUGGAGGAGAUGAUGGAGGAUCUGAGUCUGAGUGACGCCACCGGUGGAGCAGGGGCCGAUAUGAUGACUGAUUAAUGAACAGCACUGUAGGAGAAAACACACGCACCAUUCAUUCUCAUGCUUCCUGGUAUGCUGGUGCAGUGAUGCAGUGCUAUAAUAAACAAGAUAUUUAAACCCUGCCCCUAUAUUACAAAUAAAGAGCGAUUGGUUGACUCAGAAGGGAAAAUGCUGUCAUUUACUCAUCCUCAGAUCUCAUAAACACUGAAUUAUGUACAUUUAGGAUAUAUUUUAGUGCAGACUUCUUAAAGAUCAACUUUUGUUUUGACGUCCUUUUGAUUCACCAUUGACUGGUAUUUCAACACCAAUGGCUGCUGCACCUUUAAUACUCUUAAAGUUUUUCUCUGCCUGAUUGUUGAACUAAAUUUGGAUCACGACUAGUUUCAAAGUUAUUUAAUUCCUUCGACGGCGUUAUUGAACGUAGUCUCUAUGUGAGUUUCAUUACCCAUUUAGGGAAUGUCAGAAACGUAUUUUUCCCCACUGGUCAAAUUUAAACUCUAGUAGAGAUGUUAAUAUUCAACCAAAAUAAAAAUUAAACAAAUUUAA